AUGGACUCUGAGGAUGGCGAAUUCUUCAUCAAACAACUUGCCACUUUUGUGCGCACUCACGAAAAGGCCCUCGCAAAUGCUCUACAGUUCCAACGCCAGAGCCGUCACAGACCCUCGCAGAGCACCAGCACCGCGACACUACCCCCGCUACAAACCGUUUCGGAGCGCCCGUCAACGGCCUCGACUACUGGCUCCCUUGCAGCGGCCCUGUCCCUUGGCAACCUCAGUUUCACCUCUCACAAUGUCAAGUCUGUAAAAUUGGCCUUGACCCCUCACCACCUUUUCUAUCUGCUCUCCCGUUUCGAGGACCUUGGAAUUUCCGUUGGACCCAUGAAGAUUCGCCUGGAAAAUCUGCACGAUAGCGCCUCUUCCGCCAACUAUGUAUCCUUCCUCAGUGGCUCAAAUCAGCGUUCCAGGACUCGUAGCACCGAUGCCACAUCGAUCCAUUCCGUUUCCAGUGUUAGAAGUGUCAUGUCUGGCAUGUCUUCCCUAUGGGCAAGCUUCGGCAUAGGCUCCAGCAUUUCUGCUGCCCGAACCGAACGUCAAAAGGCUGCCCUCGAGGCCGAUAUGAAAUAUCUUUACUCUGCCUUUACAAAGAUCCCAUGCCUGAGACUGGCCCCUGACUGGCGAGCCCGAUUGAUUCGUGGAUACGAGGAGUUUCCCUUCGACUCGGCCGUUCCCCUCUACGCGUUCAAAAACCUCCAAGCCCUCGAGGUCAACAGCAUCGAUUUUCGCCAGUUCUUCGGAUGGGACCGCAUGGCUGACCAGCUACGGUCAUUAACUCUUAGGCACGCUGGAAUCGAGGAUCCUGCCGAUAUUCUCAUCGACAUUGUCCUGGAUGACAUGGAUAAGCGACGCCGUCGCACUUCCAAGGCCCAGUCCUCCCCUACCACUACUUGGGGAGCAAACAGUCCCCGCCGCAGCCCGUCUUUGGUCCACCCGGAACUCUCCCGAUCAGCUUCUCUCCCUUCUUCUCCGGAUCCCCGUGCCGCCCUAGGUGAUCUCCGAGUGGGCUCACUCACCCCUCCCGGCGCGUCCGACGUACCUGCGAGCCCUAAGACCAGGCCCAUUCUGACCAGGAAGGAGAGCGAGGACUACUCCAAGUCUCCCGCCAAGUCGUCGGCAAAGGUUUCACGCCCUCGCAGCAUCUCACCUUCUAGGCCGGCCACGUCCCGCACACACACUCGCAGUUCCCAGAGAAUCACCCGUUCCGGCUCCGGCAGCUCACACUCCAGCUUCUCGGAUUCUUGGUAUCACCACCAUGCUCGGGGCAGCUCUGGCAACUUGCUCGCCAUGGGUAUUUUGCCGGCUUCCAAGUGGAGAUUUCUCCGCCAUCUCAGCCUGGCUGAUAAUGCCAUGACUUCUAUUCCUCCUACGAGUCUGGCUCCACUUUCCAACACGCUGUAUUCUCUCGACCUAUCUUCCAACCUCUUCAACCAGAUUCCGGAAAGUCUUGCCACCCUGACCGCUCUGCGCGCUCUAAAUCUUUCCCACUGCAUGAUCGAUUCGCUUCACUCUCUGACCCGCAACCCGCUUCCCGCCAUCACUGCUCUCAACCUGCGAGCCAACCGACUUCAAUCGCUGGCCGGCAUUGAGCGGCUGUAUCCUCUUGAGCGCCUGGACCUGCGUGAUAACCGCCUCGGAGAUCCCAAAGAAUUAGCAAGACUAACUGGAAUACCCGAUAUUCGAGAGAUUUGGGUUGAAGGAAACCCUUUCACCCGUGCGUACAAGGACUACCGCGUCACCAUCUUCAACUUGUUCCGCGCGACCCCCGGCUACACCGAAGAUGUUGUGAUUGAUGGCAACGGCCCGACUUAUGCCGAAAAGCGUCAGCUCACCGAUCGUGUCCCUAUCCCUGACUCGGUUCCUGUUGUGAAGCCCGCCCCGGAAGUGGUGCCUGCGGUAGAAAUCAGCAAACCCGCCGUUAUCCAGGGCCCAAGGGAGCAUGCGGUCCUUCGCAAGGAGCGCCCUGUUGCAAAGGCUGUGACGAGCGAAGCCAGUAGCAGUUCACGCCGUCGGAAAACACCCAAACGGAGGAUCGUUGAUCUCGCCACCCGCGAUGGCUCGCCUCUACCUGCUGCACCGGAGCAAUUCCCUGACAAGGCGCCUGGUGCAUCUGCUCCUGCUCCCACUCUCACAAAAGUGGACGAUGGUGAGGCUAGCGCAUUCUCUAAACGCCAGCUUCUACCUCCAGUGGUCCUCUUGCCGCGCCAAAGCGAUUUUGCCCCAAUUCUCACUUCUACGCCAGCCACGGCCAAGCCUGUGGAAUCGCAGCCGGCCAAAAAUGGUGACAGUGAGUGGGCCGCACCAAGUGAUUGGGAUGCCAGCGGUGAUUAUUAUCGUCGCAAAAUCGAGGCCCUUCGCAACACAGUUGGGGAAGGCUAUCUGAGUGCACUCAGCGAAGAGAGCUGGGAAUCCACACCUGGCUUUGACAUGACCGGCUUACCCAACGUUCCUUCGCUUCGUGCUGGUCACCUGCCCCAUCAGGUACCUGCUGUUCAGGCCGUCCACAGUGGACGCACACUGGGCUAG